UCAAGGUUGUACACAGUUCGUCGUAGACGGAGUAUCUGGAAGGAUGGGCUGUAUUUUUUUGAAUUUGUUUGUAAUUUAGAUGUACCAUCGAAGCUUAAUCUUCCAAUUAUUCGCUAUUAACAGUGAGUAGAUCGAUUGUUUACAUUCGUGUGAUCGUCUCGUUUGGACCCAAUGUUUGGCUCUGUGACCCGCGAGUGGAGGGAUUUUCCCUGUUGGAUUUGCGAGCUGGGCUGAAAACAGGGAGAGACCGUCGGAAUUCUCCUAGCUGCGGUGACUAUGCCACGUAGAAAACAAGGCCAUAGCAAAGAGAGUGCUACUGGUGGCUGCUUAAAGAAGAAAACUGACACUGGUAAAGAGCUAAUUCAAAAUGAAACCCUCAAAUCUUUUCCAACAAAUAAUGAUUUGGUUUUUAAAAUCAAAAAGACUGUGUCUUCCACUAUUUCUAAUACUACUCAAUAUGAGGAAACUGAACGAGAACACUUAGCAGCUUCAAAAUCCCUCAACGAUAAUGUGGUGUCACAGUAUGAAGUAAAUAAUAAUUCUUUUAAAUGUAUGAAUGAAAAAGAUAUAAGUGAAACAACUAAAACUGAAGAUAAAAAUGUAUUUCAUGAAAAUCAAUACAGUGCGAAUGAAAAUAAUGAGAAUGGCAAUUUGGUUUCAUCGAACUGUUUGACAAGCACUAGUUCUGCAGAUAUAUCCGUUAAGAGCAAUUCAUUUCCUGUAAUAUCUCAGAAAUCAAAUGGCAAAAUAAAAAAUAAUUUUUUAGCUGUCUCACAGGAGAUAUGUGAUAAAGCAGAAUCGCAGAAGUCUAAAGUACAACCUAGAGAAGAUGUUUCAUCUGUUAGUGUUAUAUCAACAUGUACAUCAGGGGCAAUCAAAAGUCUUUCUGCUGUCAUGGAAGAAGAAGCAAAUCAAAAAGUCGAGAACUCUGUUGCUACUGGCACUAUCAGUGAUAGACUGAUUUCUGGCUUUUGCAGUUCACAAAUGUCAGGAGUAAAACCAGUCACCACAUCCAGAGAUGAAUUAGGAAAUGAAACUGAAUCUAAGCAGAUGAAUUAUAGAAUUUCCACAUCUGUCAUUGAAAGCAGUUAUACAAAAGAUAUAUCAGAUCAUGUCAUAAAAGAUAAGCAAAAUUGUCAGUUGCCCAGUUCAGUCUAUGGUACUUCUGCUUCAAACAUAGAAAAAGUGCUUACUGGUCUGCAGGUUAAUGAAAAGAGUAAUGAUGAUGACAGAGUUUCUUCUAUAGGUAAAAUUAGUUUCCUUCAAGAAAUAUUAGAGCAAAAAUCUGCUGAAAUAAAAGCUUCUGAGUCACUUCCAGGCCCACCUAAUUCCUUUAAUAAUAAUGGAACUAUUCAAGAAUUAAAAGUAAUCAGCAAUCUUCCUUCAAGUAAAUGUCUCCCUAUUCAGUCAACAGAUUCAUUAGUGCCAUUAAAAUGUUCAGUCCCUUCCAACUUUUUUGUCCAAAAUGAUAAAAAUUUAACAAAUUCUUUAAAGGAGAAUAAAUUUAAACUUCAUAUACCUGAAUAUUCUUCAGCUAAUGAUGAUUCAAACUCUUCCAUUUUAUCUCUAGAAUCACAAAAGUCUACAAAAUUUCCCAAGAUUACUAGUCCCCAAAUUUUAGAACAGCAUAUAAGUAAGAUCAUAUCACAAAAUGCAGCUAUUGUUGAAACUAUAGAUCCGGUUUGGUCUCGACGUUACCUUAAACAGUCAAGUUUAACAUCUCCAAGUGUUGAAUGCGAAUCCAAAAAACAUAGUUUUUCAGGUAAGGUCAAUCGAUCAGUUGAAGAGAGAGUAUAUUUUCCAAGUGUCCUUGAAGGCUCUACUAAUUCCAAAUUACAAUCUGCACUUUUAGGGGGUUCAGAAGCACAUUCAAUGAUUAAUUCACAAAAAUUUUCUAUAUCCCAAGAAACUUCUUUAUCAAAAGAGAGAAAUUUUUCUCAGUUAAGCAAUCUUUCUACUACUGUCCCUUCAGUAAGCAUGUAUUCUAAAAUAGUUUCUGUGUCAGAUGAUGAAUUAAAAGGAAGUGCUAUUAAAAGUCUUUUAAGUUUUAAACGUGGCAAAUACUCAAAACACAAAAAUGCAUUUUGUUUUGAUAAAGAUUUGUAUAGCCAACAUCCUCAAAAUCCUGAAGGAAGCAUAAUAAAAGAUCUUCUUUUGAAGAGCAAAUCAAAAGAUGGAUCAAACUUAAAUACUGAUGGUGAAGAAAGGUUGCAAACUACUUUUAAUUCUUCUGAUUUUACUAUUGAUUUCAGUCAUUCUGAUAAAUUUAAUAACUCCCUAUUUAAAUGCCCUCAUUGUUUUGUAGAACUUUCAGAUAAAUACAACCUUGAUAUACAUAUGUCCUUUUGUAAGAAUUCAGAAAAUUCAUUAUCUUCUCUCAGGGAAACAUCUGAUAGAUUUUCUUUUAAACAAAUAAACGCACAAUCUAAGCCAGAGUUUCAGUAUAGCUCUAAGAUGGAAGUUCAGGAUGAAAUAUCCAAAAGUGAAGGCAUUUCAGAUAGUGAUGAUGGAGUUGGCACUAUUCUCAAGAAGCAGUUACUUUUGCCUCUGUCCAAAAGUCCUCCAAUGAAAAGGAGAAAGGUCUCCGACUCUGUACUUGGAGCGACAUUUAUUACAACAGAACAUUGUACUGAAAAUUUAAAUGGGAAGAACAAUAUUAACAGAAGCAUUCCUUCAAAAUUAGAAAUUUCACCACACCGUAGUAGGUCUCAGAGUGUGCAUUUAUUUGGCGGCGAAGUACAAAUUUUAGAUGGGGCAAAAACAAAGAAAAUAAAAAUCAAAACAUGCAUCCCAGGUGCCUUUCCUUCGCUCAGCAAAUUUUCAGAUAGCUAUACACUCAAAAAGUCCUCUGAAAAUUUAGAAGUAGAAAAGGAAGCAAAUAUUUUACCUGCUGUUAUUGUUACAAUUGCUCAACCAGUUCAUAAUUCAGGUGGCACUGUACAUCUGCCUACACAAAGAUCUUCAUUCAGCAUGUCCCCUGUUGUAACAAUACCUGGUAAUAUUUCAGAUGGGAUUUCCAAGUUUGGUAAGCUGGAGACUACAGUAUAUAGUGAUUACUUACGAAUUGCUUCACAGACUGAGCCAGUGAAAUUAAAAGAAUUUUCUGUCCAAAACUUAUCAUAUCCAUCAUAUGCAGUCUUUCCGGGGCCAGACUUUAAAUGCGUCUCCCCUAUAACCUCAUCGCCAUUAGCACUCUCCAGCUGUAUAAAAUCUAAAGAUUCUAUUCCUGGCUCUGUGGUUGAUGAAAUAUCUCCUGUAAACAUUAAAGCAUCUGUGUCUCCCAACAGCAAGCCUUUUUACUCUCCCAUAUUCUCUUCAACAGAAAAAAGUUUGGAACUUCCUAUCAGUUCAAAGGAGGUUAAGAACAAUCAUAUUGUACCCACUGUUAUGUUUACACCUAGUAGCCCAACUCUGACAUCAAGUGAUAAUGAAAUCACUACAGCUAAUACAAGUAGCAUAUCAGAACCAACUAAAAAAUUCCUUGCUCCUACAAGACCAACCUCUCUUCCUCUUAAGAAAAAACCAUUCACUAUGGUGGGCUCAACUUUAAUAAGUCCAGAAACUCCUAGACCAAAGAAAAGUUGUAUUCAGUUGUAUUUGAAUGGUCAUGCAUAUACUUAUCUUGGACUGAAAUGCUCCACACGAUCUACAUAUUGCUGCAUUUACCGUUCACAGCCAAUGUUUGUUCUGCAGGAAACUAAUCCCAAAUUAUCAAUGUAUUCAAACUGGCAGGUUGUUCCUGCAAAAGAAGAACUAUGUGGCCUCACUCCAGGUCAAAUGAUAUCAUUCUAUUGUUCCAAACAGCGAAAGGAGCAUCAGCCAAUCACAGUAAUGGCAAAAGUAGGAGAACCUCUAAUAUUCACACAUUCAAGUUACUGGACAUUUCGGUCUCAAGACCAUGUUGAGCAGCCAAGAACUUGCAAAUCGUUUUUAAAUAAUAGUUUGGAUCAAAAGGAAGAUACAGAAGUUUCUACUGAGAAAUUCCAGGAAUUAACUACAGAGGCACAUCUGGGUAAGGAUAUUGCAAUAUCAUUACCAGAAAAAUCUGAAGCUCAAGCUCAUUCAGCUGAUGAAUCUAGUUUACGUUUAGACACUGAUAACACGUUAUCUGAUGGAGAUGUAAAUAAUUCAAAUGAAGAAGAAGAAGAUGAUGAUGAUUGCCAAGAAGAUGGUACUGAAUCCCUUACUGAUUCAAGUCAACCUCAGCCCCCAAAGAGAGUGAAAAUUUUUGAAGGAGGUUUCAAAUCUAAUGAAGACUACACAUAUGUACGAGGACGUGGCAGAGGGAAGUAUGUAUGUGAAGAAUGCGGCAUACGAUGCAAAAAGCCCAGCAUGUUAAAGAAGCAUAUACGAACUCAUACUGAUCUCAGACCUUAUAAAUGUCGCCAUUGCUCAUUUGCUUUCAAAACAAAAGGGAAUCUUACUAAGCAUAUGAAAUCAAAAGCUCAUCACAAGAAAUGUACAGAACUUGGUAUUGUUCCAGUACCAACUACUACUGAUGAUUCACAGAUUGAUGAAGAAGCUUUAGCUAAACAGGAGCAGAUUGAAAAGAAAAAAACCCAGUUUUCUGAUGGCGAGGAUGCUGAUGAUGACGACGAUGAUGACACCGAGGAAAGUGAAGAUGAAUGUGAAAGUGAUGCAAGUAGCAUGAUAGUUUCAAAUCAGAAAUCAAGAAUGUUGACCAAUGGGCAUUCUAAAAAGUCACAAUCCCAAGAAAAGCUGUGUGCUGAUAAUUUUGAUGAUAACACGAGAGGAAAUGAAACGGUUUCACAACAGAGUGUAGAACAAGAAGCUGCUAGAAGUCUGCUUCAUUUAUCUGCUCUUGGAGAGCCAAGUCAGUGGUCAACUAGCACAGGUGAUUUAACUGAUGUCACUUCACCUGGGGAUACCGAAACUGGAUCACUAGUAACCAGACAUGAACGGUCACUUUUAUCUCCACAGUUUCCACCACAGUCACCAGCCUCGGUGAUUUUUUCUACCACUCGGCAAAAAACUGGUACCGAUCAGUGGUUAUCUACAGAGAUGUUAGGGCAUAGACCAAGAUCAUAUUCUGCUGAUAUCCCAAUGAGUGGUGGCAAAGACCUCCUAGCAAAGUACAAAUUAACUAAAAAUGUAGGAUCAGAUGCAACUGUAAAAACAUCUGUUGAAGAAUCAUCUGAAUUUAGUGGCAAAGAACAAUAUGCCAGGAGAUAUUCUAUUUCUGUAGCUAGGGAAGCUCGUAAACCACAAACAUUGCAGCCUCCUGCAUGGAGUGGUAGUGCAUCUGGAUCUCUUAAAUGGCCUGAUCAUGAAACUUCAGAUCAGCCGAUGGAUCUCAGCGUUUCUAGAGAUCUUGGUAAAUACAAGCCUAUAUAUGGCACUGGCAUGACAGGACCAUUGCUUAAUGUUGUAACUCAAGAUGAAGGUGUGCCUGAUGCUACACUAACUACUAACUUGGAUACCUGUCUUAGUGAACCUUACCAGUUAAAGUCAUUGCCUGUUCUUUCACCUCAAGUUCUUAUAGAAUACGAAACUGGUGCUGAUAACAGUAACAGUGAAACUCCAUUGCUUCCUCUCACAGAUGAACCAGCAUCUUUUGGUACUUCUGCAUCAAGGUCAAUAUUUUAUCUUCAAGAUAUUCCUUCUAGUGAUGUUGCUACAAGAAAAGAUACAGAUGCUUCAGAAGAUCCACCUAGCCCUGAUAUAUCAGAUUACACAGCAUGUUCACCUGCAUCCCCACCAGCAUUAGAUGAAAAUAGUUAUUAUUAUUCACAAGACAAUAUGGGACAAGGCUCAGCUGCUUCUGAAGAAGUAACUCCAUCUUCACGUUUCCAUGCAGAAUUUAUUGUUCCCAGUUCUUCAUCAUCAGGCAUGGAAGAAGGAAAAUGUGUGUGUCGAAUUUGCAACAAAAUAUUUGCCAAGUCCAGCCAUCUCAGAUUACAUGUUAAUAUUCAUUAUUUUGAAAGACCAUUCCGCUGUGACAAUUGUGCGGUGUCAUUUCGUACUAAAGGCCACUUGCAAAAGCACAAGCGGUCUGUAAGUCAUUAUAAUAAAGUUAAUAUGAAUUUAACCUUUGGCACGCCAACUGUAGAUAAUCCGCGACCUUUUAAAUGUGCAGAAUGUAAGAUAGCUUUUCGCAUACAUGGUCACCUUGCCAAGCAUUUACGGUCAAAAAUGCAUAUAAUGAAGUUAGAAUGCCUAGGUAAACUACCUUUUGGUAUGUAUGCAGAAAUGGAGAGAUCAGGUAUUAGUUUAAAUGAAAUUGAUACAACGGAUUGUAAUAAUUCUUUAAAAAGCCUUCAGGUUAUGGCACAAAAACUUUAUCAGAGGGAUCCUCGACGAAUGCGUUGGCAAAAUUCAGAGCAAACUGUUGAUGCCGAUUGUUCCAUUUCUGCCCCACCAGUUAUUAAUACUCUGAUUGAUCCUAUGAUAACAAUCAGUGAACCAUUAACUGGAACAUUUGACCCAUCAUGCACAGCAAUUGGUAUCCUACCUACUUUAAGUGGCUCCAAAUCUGUGUCUGACGUGGAAGAUGUUAAAAGGGAACCCUCUGAAACAGAUGCUUUGCAAAUGGUAUCUGCUUAUUCUGAUGGAGAGUGUGCCAUUUCUCCAUUAUCCCGUUAUGUAAUUUCUCAACCUGUAUCAGGAUCAACUCAGAACUCUGUUAAUCGAGUUGAAGCAUCUCAAAAUGACUCAGCUGUAUCUUUGCACCGUUCUGGUACCUGUCACAUAUGUGGCAGGCUUUUUAAAAGUGCAAAAUUCUUACAGGUUCACUUAUACAGUGAUCAUACAACUUGGAACACGACUUCAAUGAAUGAAGUAACACCAUCAAGUAGUUCAUCUAGUAUAACUGAUUCACAAGAACUGAUUUGUGAUCUCUGUGGACGACAGUUUUCAAAUCAAAAAGCGCUUCAACAACAUUUGCUGUCCCAUGCUCAGCCUCGACCAUUUGUUUGUGAGAUAUGCGAUGCUGGUUUCACAUCAUCAUCAUCUCUCAUUGCCCAUCAGUCAACACAUCAGAAUAAUUCAUAGCUUCCUCAGUAACAAAAAAGCUGGCUAGUGCAAUUAAAAUAAUGUUUCAAAUGAAACUGCAGGGGGAAAAAAGCUGAUUCUGAUGAAAUUGAGAUUUUGCCAAGAUCUCUUGUACUAGCCCAAUAAAACACUUGAGAAUUUUGGGUGCUAUUCAUCUUAAUGAAUGUAACUUAGGGGCUAUUAAUGGACAAUCUGCCACAUCAUGGAAAUGCAUAUGACAUGAAACUGUGCAAAUCCAAAAUGUGCAUAGCCAAAGUUAUAACCUGUUGUUGGAUGUUGUUAUGGCAGUUGCCAAAAGUAGAACGCACAAUUUUAAUCAUUUUCUGGACAAGUUCUACUAUUGAGUUUUUAUGUUUUCCUAACCCUGUAAUAGUUUAAAUCCAAGUUGAAUUUUUUUAACAGCCUUCUAUCCACUUUCUGGCAUAUACUUGUAUAUGUAAAUUUAAAUUGGGCAGACUGUUAAUUCAGCAGUGGCUCGAGCAAAUUUUACACUUUUAUGAGAAUAAUAGUCUCAAUGUUGAAUUAUUUUAAAGAUAUAUUAUUUUAUUUAUACACUGUUCUGAAACUUGUAUGCAGCAAGAUUUAGUUUUGUUUCAUUUUUGUGUAAAAAUAUUUAAUUGAAGUUUUCAUUACAAGAUCACUAAACAUUUUCUCCCUUUAUGCAGAAGUCAUUUUUACAUUCUAUAUUUAAUAAAUGCGGACUAGGAGUGUUUCCUGCAUUAUCACUGUUCGUGUUGUUUCCUACCUGUUCUAGACAUUAGUGUGUCUGUUAAUCUUGCAUUACAAUGUGUAGGACUGUUACAGUUGGUAACUUUUACAGUUUUUCAUUAGCAAGUGUGAUUUAUCUGGGUUAUGAUUGUCAUUAGAACAGUGCCAUAUUGUUUUAACUGACAAAGUUUUAUUGCUUUCAUUUUAAAAGUUGAAAAUAUUCAUAACCUCCUUUGAUUUAAUUUUUUAAGAUGGUAGAAUAUGGAAAACUACUUUAAACUAUUGUUAGAUGGAAUGAAUGAUUUGUAAUUUAAUAUUUGUUUUUCUAUACUAUUAUGCUAAUAGUUAAUAUUUAAUAAUGAUAUGUAUUAGAAUAGGUCGUACAUAACAAAUGAGGUAUUAGCCCACACUGAAGAACAUACAAUUGAUACUAAAGUUGAUAACAACAGUAUUUAUGUUGUUUAAUGUAUUUUUUUCAAAGAUACACUGAAGAAAAAUAAUCAUAGUUUUCUAAAUUAAAAUUUGUGAAUUUUAAUAUUUAAAAAAUAAUUAAUGGUUUACCCUAUGUUCUUUCUAUGGUUUACCCUAUGUGUAACAUGAAUACAAACUUGUUUCCACUUAAAAAGUCAUCCAUGAAUUCCUUCCAUCCCCUAAGCAGAUAGCACUUGAGUUGCUUUGCAUAGUCAAUUAACCUAAGGUUUAAAUAAAUAUGUGCCAAAAAUCUUCUUUUGGGAUCAGUUGCAUAAUUAAUUCUGUUUCUUUAUUUAUCUAUAAUUUUGAAUUCUUUAAACUAUAUGCUUGUGCUUAAGAAUCUGUGGCUUGGUAUAUAUAUAUAAGUUAAUUUAAACAUUUUGCUGAUUACUUUGUAGAGUUGCAUGUAGCACUCUUCAGUUAUUUUUAGAUUUCAAUCAUCAGUUAUUAAUUAAGAUCUUAAAAAAUAAAAACCUUAAAGUAGUAAUAUAUUGUAACUCUAUUUCAACAACAAAAAAAGGGGAAGCUUAAAGUGUUUUAUAUUUUGUUUCUUGGCAUAGAAAUUAUAACUUCUUCCUCAGGCUCCUGUGUCUGGAAAAUGCACUUUGUUACUGUACUGUGUGGUAUCAAAUGAUCAUAGGGUCAAGGGCAGGGGUUUUCUAGUUUUUUUAACUACUUUUUGUUAUCAGCUGACAGAACUUUGCAAUCUUGUGUGUAUUUUAAGAACAGAUUAGUUUUGGUGUAUUGAACCGAAUUUUAAUUUUUAUUUAUAUGAUAUAAAAUUGUGCAUGCAAAGGAUUUCUGCUAAUCUUGAACUCUAAAUUAUUUUUUGGGGGAAGGGAUAGCUUAUUCUGUGCAUUCAAAAGGACAAUAUCCAUUAAAAUUAACUGUUAAAUCCACAUAGAUAAUGUAAAUAAUGUAGAAAGAAGUAUUAAAUUCAAAGUUUUAGAUCACUGAGGGCAAACAUUCUAGACAAAAUUUGGUAACACCUUUUAUCUUGAAAGUUUAUUUAAAGAAAAUUAUAGAACAGAAGGUCAGCAGCCCAGUUACAAACCAAAGAACUAGCUCUUACUAGCUUUUGCAAUAAUAGAGCAGCUUAAGCAACGUGGCUAGUACAGAGUUUUGCUCUGAUGAUCUCUAGGUGGUACAAAGCUAUCACUGAAAUCUUCUGGAAUUGCAUUCUAGGCACCCUAGGUAGGAAGAUUAACUUGUUUACAGAAUGCUGAAUUAAAACUCAGGCAGUUUGGAUAUGGAUGAUACAGAUGUGUCCAUUAUGUCCAGAUUAAACUUUUAUGCUGUUCCUAAUAAUUAAGUAGCUGCUAAAGUAUCUCCCUGUCAUACCUCCAACACCAAAUUCAUUUGAUCACUUUGGCAUCAUCAUUUUUAUUUUAGCAGCAGUGUUCCUGAGUAAUCAAUCUCAGGAAUUCUUUUAAUAAUUUUUCUAGCAAGAAAAUUAGAGAUGUUAGUACAAUAUCAAAUGUAACAGAGAUUAAAGGUGUAGACUUCAGAAUAGUCUUUUUUUCCAAAAGUAACAUAACCAUUUCAUCAAAUGUAAGUACUGUCUGUCUUGUUACUCUUCUACAGAUCUUCCACUUUCCUCUAUAUCACCAAUCUGUAUUAACAUAGAUAAAAAUUUAGAUAAAGCAUUGAUUUUUUGUCUAAUUUUAUAUUUUUUAAUGAUUAUUUAUUAUUAAUAUUAUAUUUCAAAUCCUAUAAUUAUGCAAGAUAUGGUAUUUUUUUAAACCAGAUGAAGAUUAUUUUUAAACCAGCCUUCUUUUGUAAGUGUCACAAAAGUAGCCAGUUUCCUGUCAUCUCUUGGGAAUAUUGGGCUUAGGACACUGUAUGUGAUUUUUAUUCUUAACUCUUUCGCAUCGAGAGACGACCAAAUCUGUUUUCAACAAACAUCGAAAACGCCCGUGUUUACGAAUUUGUCUUGGAAUAGUUUUCCUUUCCCCCUUUUGCGGUUUCAUCCA